CUGGAAACCCUCCAUUUCAAGCUCGUGUCAUACUUCACUUUUCUCUCAACUCGGAAACACAUCAUAACGUCCUUCGAUCUUUUUAAGGAGCACCUUUCCAAGUCUUUGGAGAAAGAGCUUACAGUCGAGGAUGUCGCCAAGAUCAAGUCCAUCAUCCCGCAUAACAUGAUUUUCGAGUACGUUGAUAAGAACCAGUUCAUUUUGGAAGAGAAGCAUUUCACCUGGAAAGAUGGGUUUAAACAAAAAGAGGCCGAUAUAUUUGAUAUAGACAAAAACGAUACAGAGAGCCUGAAUGAGCAGAUCUUAGUCAUCGAGUUUAUCGACUCCGGCAACAAAUCCAGGCACCAGAAUAACUUUUACAAGCCCAUGACACCGGAGGAGGUCAAAAAGCUGAUUAUCAAGCGUGAUAAUAGAUUCAGGAAAACCUUUAGAAACAUUGUCAAAACACAGAUGCUUGGAUCUGCAGACUACAUAAACAACCUUUCACUCAAAUAUAUACCCGAGAAAGUGAAAUUCAUUAACCCGAUGGAACAAAUGAACCAGACUAAUAUCGAAUCUAAUCAUGAACCUAUACCGAAGUUGAUUGAGAGAUUUAAAAAAAGCUCAUUCUAUAAAAACCAAAUUUCUUUGACUUCUACCCAUCGAAUCCCCUCCAAACAGGCCAUUUACGAUCCCAACUUCUACGACGAAAUCAACAUCCAUCCAGAUCUUCAAGCUUUACUUCAAUCAAAAGGUAUGGAAAAUGUCUACAUUCAUCAGUCGAUUGGAAUAAAAGCCGUGUUAAGCCAGCAAAAACACGUCAUUUCAACAACCUCCACCUCUUCUGGUAAAUCUUUAAUUUACCAACUACCCAUUUUACAAUCUCUGCUCACAGAUAAGAACUCAACCUCACUACUGUUGUUCCCAACAAAGGCCUUAUCACAGGAUCAACAUAGAGCUUUGCUCUCAUUCAUUGGCGACCUACCUUCCAUAAAUCGAGAUUUGAUCAAAACAUUUGACGGUGAUACUAAUAAAACAGACCGCCAAUCGAUAAGAAACAGUGCCAACGUAAUACUUACAAACCCCGAUAUGCUACAUUUGACUAUGCUUCCAAACCAUAAAACAUGGUCCAGGUUUCUUAAAAACUUGAAAUAUGUGGUAAUCGAUGAAUUGCAUACCUACAAAGGAUCUUUUGGUGCCAAUGUUGCUUACAUAUUGCGCCGAUUGCGCCGUGCCUGUUCUUUAUUUGGUAACGAUUCCAUCCAGUUCAUUUCGAGUUCAGCAACCUUGAACGAAGCCUCUUUGCAUUUAUCUAAAAUGAUUGGUUUAGAGAACUCAGUCGAUGACAUUGUAUGGAUCGAUGAGAGUUUGAAUGGAUCACCAUGUGGUGCAAGAAAUAUUAUUGGGUGGAAUCCGGAUCUCGAUCAUGGAGGAAGUAUGAUCUCGGAUACAGCAAAAUUGAUCGUGGAGCUUUUGAAAUUGAAUAUCAGGACGAUUGUGUUCUGUACCAUUCGUAAGACUGUGGAGCUUGUUAUGAAGGAAGUUCGAUUUUUAUUGAAAGACGAACCUGUUCUGUUGGGACAGAUAAUGAGUUAUAGAGGUGGCUACAGUAUAUCAGAUAGAAGAAAAAUUGAGCAUCAAAUGUUCAACGGUGGAUUGACAUGUAUCGUUGCAACAAAUGCCCUUGAAGUCGGUAUUGAUAUUGGUGGACUUGAUGUCGUUCUCAUGUGUGGGUUCCCAAUAAGUUUGAGUGGUUUUGAACAGGAAAUGGGUAGAGCGGGGAGAAGAGGGCUAGAUAGUAUGUGUCUUCUUGUUGCCGGAGGCGAUCCGGUUAGUCAGUUUUAUGUCAACAGGAUCGAUGAAUUGGUCGAAAAGAAAGAAUGGGAAGAUUUAUGUGUUGACCUAAAGAAUUUGAUGAUUGCCGAAGGUCAGUUGCAAUGUGCGUUCAAAGAAAAAAAUGUGCCAAAUGACGAGCUAUCGAAUGAAUGGGUAAAUUGGUGGAACUGCCUACCGUGGGAAAUUUAUGAGAACUUGAUCAGAGAUAAAUUAAAGUGGGAAGGCGAUAUUUCUAGGUGGACAUGUGAUGAUUCCUACUUGCCAUACCCACCAUUAAUGGUGUCUAUACGGGCCAUUGAUGAAGACAGCUUUGCCGUCGUGGACACGACAGGUGGGAAUGGAAAUCAAGAGGUCAUUGAAACCAUUGAAGCUAGCAGGACUACAUUCACUCUAUACGAAGGUGGAAUAUUCAUUCAUCAAGGUCUACCAUAUAUAAUCAAGGAUUUCAACGUUGAUGAGAAAUAUGCGCUCGUUGAACGAGUCAAUGUGGAUUGGACCACAAGUCAAAGGGACUUUACCGAUGUGGAUCCUGUUCUCAUUGAGCGUCUGCGGUCACUCAACGAGACCGAAAUCCCUAUCUAUUUUGGGAACAUUGUGAAAACCAGUAUAGUUUUCGGGUUUUUUAAGGUCGAUAAACGGGGAAAGAUUCUAGACUCCGUCGAGGUUAAUAACCCGCCAAUAAAGUAUAAAUCCAAAGGUGUUUGGAUUGAUUUCCCGCAGGAACUCAAUGAGCUGAUCAAGAACCACAAGCUGAAUCUAGCUGGAGCCAUCCAUGCUGCACAGCAUGGAAUCAUGAACGUGCUGCCAAGGUUUGUUACGAUCGGAAGUUAUGACGAAGUCGCAUGUGAGUGCAAGGCACCGGAGAAAGAAUUUGCUUCUCGAGAGACAAAAAGAAAAAGACCCGCUAGAUUAAUCUUGUUUGAUAACAAGGGGGGCAAGGCUGGUAAUGGUCUCAGUUCCCGCGUAUUUGAGUGUGCCGAGAUGGUUCUGCAGGAAACAUUGAAGAUCAUUGAGGACUGUACAUGUGCAUUCGGAUGUCCAUUAUGCUGUGCAGGGAUGCAGUGUACAGAAAACUCGUUGGUGUUGUCAAAAGACGGAUGCAAGAUCAUCCUACGAUACUUGUUGAAGGAUAAAGACCCCCUUCGGGGGAUUCCCUUUGGUCCGGAGGGAAACAUGCCGGAGAUCACCAUCGAGACGGUUGUUCCCGUC